UAGAUUAUAUCCUAGCCUUAAUCCUCAGCAGGAGGACAGCAGUUGGUAGCGAGAAGGACUUGAACUCGGGAUCAUAGAGACGACUGCCCGCAACGCAGAACACACGACGGGCCAGAUAUCGAGUCAUGAUAUUAGUGAAUUUGCUAAUAUCAGUAAAUGUAUUACGCCAAUAUGAAUAAGUGUAUAGAGCUUUACUGAAUCUCUAACGUCUAAUCUAAGUUUAUACUGCAGCAGGAGCCAAAACUUUAGCAGCUUCUCGAAUGUCAUGUUUACAAUGAAUACACAACUUUGUGGACUUUGCUUCCUGUUCUGGGCAGGUUCAUUGUUAAACAUCAACUACUAUGUGUCCUCAUCAGACUAUAACAUGUUCAAUAUAAGCGACAGGAUUUACUGUCAUUCUUUGCAAACUUCUUUCACUUUUGACGACGCUGUAAACAAUUGCCUCAAAAUUGGAGCCGCUCUUGCCUUUUUUGACGACAACGCUGAAUACCUGACAGCGUUUCAGAAGAUAAUUGUCAACGCCAGCCAAGAGAAGCAGACCUGGAUUACGUUCAACGCCACUGCUGUCAACUCCAACUAUGUCUUUUAUUGGAAAAAACAGAAAUUUAACAACUCUGUGUGGGCGAGUGGACAACCCGAUGGUGAGUGCACUUCUAGGUCAAAAAAAAAGUGUUGCGCACGGAUGAGGCUAAAACCGAGAGGCUUAGCGGAUAUGGACUGUUCAAAUAAGUUUGCUUACCUUUGUAAAGCGAUACCUGUAUGCCCUGCGCAUGCGCUGGGCUGCUAUUUGAGUUGCGGAGAGACUAUAACAAACCUAACUUGUUUACCAGGUUUUCAAUUCUACGCAGCUAACACAUCGUGCGUAGAUGUGAAUGAAUGUGAGCUUAAUACAUCUUUAUGUGAAGGAGCUUGUCAGAACACAGUGGGCUCUUACAGCUGUACGUGUAACACAGGCUACAAACUGAGUGGAAGUUACUUGUGUGUGGACAUUGAUGAAUGUAGUCUGGGAAAUCAUACGUGUCAACAAGUCUGUGUGAAUGUCAUAGGCUCAUAUAAUUGCAGCUGUAGUGUUGGUUACAUGGCCUCGGACAGCGGACAAUGCCUAGAUAUUAAUGAAUGUAACAUUGGCGCCAAGCCAUGCCAACAGACCUGUACCAAUACGAAUGGAUCAUUUUUAUGCAGCUGCGAAACUGGAUGGACUUUAUCUUUAAAUAGACUCAACUGCACCCAGAUUGAUGAGUGUGCCUCAUCUCCUUGCCAGCAUGAUUGUGUACAUACAAACACGAGCUUUGUGUGUAGAUGUUUCCCAGGGUACACAUUGCAGAGCAACGGAAUAAACUGCACAGACAUUGAUGAGUGUAAAAGCAGCGUGUGCCAACACAAUUGCACCAAUACAGACGGGUCUUACUUAUGUACUUGCCUGUAUGGAUACAAUUUGCAGCCGGAUAAUACUUCUUGCUCUGAUAUUGAUGAAUGCUUACAAAAUAGCUCUAUAUGCAGUGACAUUUGCAGAAACAUUCCCGGCGGUUACCUAUGUGGAUGUCCUCAUGGGUUCUAUGCUAUUAACCAGAACUGCUCUGACGUUAACGAAUGUGAGAACACCUCAAAGAACAACUGCUCACAUCAUUGCAAUAACACAGAAGGCAGCUACACGUGUUGGUGUGAUGAUGGUUAUCGGUUAUCAGAAAACCUGACUACAUGCCUGGACAUCGAUGAGUGUGAGGAAUACACCUAUAGAUGCUCUGAUAUAUGCAUCAACACAAUUGGCAGCUACAGGUGUGCCUGUGGUCCAGGUUAUAUCCCUGACGCAGAUAAUAUAACCUGCUUGGACGUCGAUGAAUGUCAUAAUAUAACAUGUGGUCAUAGGUGCGUCAACACGAUUGGCUCUUAUGUCUGCCAAUGUGACGAAGGCUUCAUCCUUGACACUUUAAAUAUAUCUGCAUGCAAUGACGUUGAUGAAUGCCUAGAAGCAUCCCAGAGCUGCAACCAAACUUGUGAUGUUGCCCCAGAUUCAAACAUAUCAGCCUGCCAAGUAAAUGUACAAGAUUGUAAGCUGUGCGAUCACUUGUGUCUAAAUACCAAUGGCUCGUACUUGUGUACUUGUCAAACCGGAUAUGGACUUAACUCUACUGACAAUACAACUUGUUACGACAUAGACGAAUGCAGUCUCAACUCCAGCCUGUGUGAAUUCUAUUGCAACAACACCCCAGGCUCAUACUUCUGCUCAUGUCCUCAGGGUUACCACCUUUCAGAAAAUAAACACUCAUGCAACAAAAAGGGAGCGUACUCUCAAUGCCCUUGCCGUUGUUAUGGUCGUAAAGAAAUAACAAACGUGACGACACAACAACUUAAGGAGCAGCUUGAAACAUUAAGCAAAGACAUUCAAGUCCAGGAGGUCAAUCUACUCUCUACAAAGUUGCUACUUACAUGCCAACCCGACGACCGACCUGCGAGCAAUGUUAUUGGCUAUGUCGGGAUUGUGAUGCUUACAUUUGUGUUUGGAUCUGUAGUACUGUUGGAUCUUAUAAGUUUUGUAAGUCACAUGCUCUUAGCAAGAGGAUCACAUACAGACAGACUGUGAUAACUGUUUUUUAGUGAUUCAGUAAUGUUGUUCCUGGGCAAUACAUACAUUUUGAAACAAUCCAAACCAAGCUUCUUCAUUUAAUAAAAAAACUAUUUGAAACUCAUUUAUUAUAGGUCCACAAUGCACUGUCUAUGUUGAAAAUAAAAUUUAAAAGUAAAGUAAAAAUCCAAUUCAGAAGGUUUUUACGGGCAGUGUGA